AUGUUUAAGAAUUUAUUUAAAUCAAAUACAAUAAGUGGUAAAAGUAUAAUUAAAACAUCCAAUUUAGUAAUUUAUCAUAAUUCAAAUUCAUUAUUAUCUCAUAAUUUAUUAAAUAAAUUAAAUUCAUUUAAUGAAAAAAAUUGUAGAUUUAAAUUAAUUGAUAAAGCAAAUCAAUCGAUUACAGAAUCAGAUUUUAAUUUUAUUAUUAAUGAAACUUUAAUGAUUCAUCCAGAUAAUAAAUCUAUUAUAUUACAAUUAAUUCAUGAAAAUAAUAAUAAAAUUAAACUAUUAAAAUCAUUUGAUUUACAUGAUACUAUUCAUAAUUAUCAAAAUUUUAAAAAUUUAAUUCCGAAUUUAUUAAUAAUUGAUUAUGGGAAUAAAUUAAUUGCAAAUGAUCAAGUUUCAAUUGAUAGAAUUGUUUCAAAUUAUACUUCGUGUGGGUUACAAAAUUUAUCCAAUAAUGCUAGUGCUGGUAAUAUUAAUAAAGAUAUUAAGAAUGUUUUACAUCCUAAUAUCGCAGAAUAUUGUGAAUUAUAUUAA